UUGAAAAAAAAUUGGAAAAAAAAAUAACGAAACAACAACAAAUUUACUACAUGGUGGCCAUAUUUGAAUGGACCCAUUCCGCCUGCUGGUCCAUAGUCAUCGUCACAGUUUAUUAACGUUAAAACAUAAAGCCAACAACAAACAGUAAUAAAAAUUCUGGCCCAGCAACUGUCAAUAAACCAAACAACAACAAAAACCAAAAUAACAAUAACAGAAGUGCCAGCAGCAGCCUCAGCAUCAGUCACAUCAAGGAUUAUUGGCAAAGUGUAAAACAAAAAAAUCACAAAAACCCCCCUUUAAAAAAGGCUUAACGGCCCACAGCGAACCCAUCAACCGAAAAAACUAACAACCACUGCAAAGAAAUCACCAACAUUCAAGCCAAAUAAUAUUUGUCACCAUUAUUCGAAUUUUUUUCUUUGGCAAAAAAACCAAAGACUUUUUUUGGUUUUGUUACAACAUUGUCCAUAACAACCAACAGCAGGAGUAGCGGGCCGUAGCAGCAGCAUCAACUCAUUCAGCGGAAUCAGCGUUGCAGACUCUAACCAUGGAUUUAUUAACGUUUUUAUUGUAUUUCCUCUUUACACAGAAUGUUGCAACCUGGGAACAAAUGACAAAUGACCUCACAACAACCACAUACCGAAGCACAAGUACCAGUAGCAGUACCACCACCACCACCACCCUCAGUACUUCGACCCGCCCCAGCACGCCCAGCAAAAGUAAAAGUAGUCUAAGUUCCAACCCACUAUCAUUAACCAGAAAUGGACGAAGCAUAGAGACAAAUAUUUACAGUUCGUCGGCGGGGUCGACGGAUGCCGAGAAUCAUCUUAUCCAGCUCACACCUUUGGCACCGCCCACAUCGCACUUUGUCAAUGAUUCUUUUAUAGUUUUUUGUCGCACACUACCGCCACCCACACCGACAACGCCCACCAUCACCACGACGGAGGGCAACACAACGUCAGCUGCAUCAGCGACGUCAACAACUGUAACAACGGCGACGGCGGCGGCGCCUGCCAACCAAGUACAAAGAAAAAUCGAGAUUAAAUGGAUUGAUCCCAAAGGCAAAGUACGAAAGAACACCAAAGGACGUGUCCACAUCGAGAAACGUGGAGAAUCAACAGCUUUAGUCUUCGAACAUAUGUCAUUGGAAGAUUCUGGCAAUUGGACAUGUGAGGGUAGCAGCAAAGAACAAAAGGAGAGAAAAACAUUCGAGUUAUCUGUGGUUGAAAAAAUCUCCUUUGACAAAGUGGAAAUGGUGCAAUCGGCCCGAGAUGGCCGGGAUGCCACGGUGUAUUGUAAAGUGCGAGCUGAGCCUGCACCCUCGAUUACAUGGCAGUUCAAUGGUGAUCCUAUACCGGCGUACAAUGGAACCAAUCUAACAGCUAAAUAUGUACCCUUUUCCGAUGGCCUGGUGAUAAAGGAUGUGACCCAAGCAGAUGCUGGCGAGUAUACGUGCCGGGCGAUGCGUGUAACGACGGACUUUGUCGAUGCUGCUCAGAUAACGAUACUAUUGAGGAUACAACAUAAGCCAUAUUGGUUCGAUAACAGUACAUCAUUGCUGCAAUAUGCCUACAUUGGCGGCGUAAAGAAUAUAUCAUGCGAAGCUAUGGGCGAACCGCCACCAUCAUUUGCCUGGCUGCAUAAUGGCCAGUCGAUACGUGGCAGCAACUAUCGCAUCUUCUAUGGCGACUACAGUUCAACGCUGCAGAUACACGUGCUGAACGAGACACAUUUGGGCGAUUACAAGUGUAAGGUGGCCAAUCCGCUGGGCACCCUGGAACGUGUCAUCAAACUGAGCAAGGGCCAAAAGCCGGCUGGGCCGUCACGUUUUCAAUUGAAACGAAUAUUUACGGAUGGCUUUGAGCUGGACAUACGUUCGGUGAAGUACAGCAAUGUCGAGGAUAAUAUGAACACGCUGGGCUAUCGGGUGGAGUAUAUGAGUGAAAGUGAGCUGAAGUUUAGUGCGGGCAACUGGAGUUAUGCCAAGCGAAAAGAUUUUCUCUUUCAUCGAGAUGGCCGUCGCUUUGUCAUUUCCGGCUUAAAGUCCAACACCACAUAUCUGAUGCGCGCCGCCUCACGCAAUCUGGCCGGUCUCAGCGAUUGGAGUGCGGUGAAAAUUUUCGCCACAUUGGAAAAUCUUGCCAGUCACACCGUCACAUUUGUCACCCACCAUGUCAUCAUCAUUUUCGCCCUUGGUUACUGGGCGAACUCGCUGCUGAGACAUUUUUAAUUUCCGUUUCCGUUAACUUGUCAAUUUAUCAUUUUACGCUUAGGUUGAUUACGCGCUGCUGCCUUUUAUUUCUGUCUUCUGUCGUUAAUUCGAUGUAAUAACCGAAGAAGCUUAGCUUUUUUUAAACCAAACUAACAAACAACAAAAAACAAGUAUAGGAAAAAUAUAAAAAAAAAGUAAAUGGAAAUUGUAUGAAAUGAAAUGUAAAACCAAAAAAUGAUAAAUGAAUCCCUGACAAAAAAAGAGGAAGAAAAAAAUACAUCCACACACCCAAAGAGAUCCUG